AGCUCGCCCUCCACUGGAAUGACAUGCUACACGAGAUAGUUGCACAGGUUGCGCUGAGCUGUUGUGUUGUCAUUUUGCAGACAAGGGAAACAAGCAGCAAUGAGUGAGAGCAGCGCGUAGUCUCUGCUGGUGUCCUCUUCUGACUUCAACAUGAAAGAUAAUGCGCGAAUUAUAAAGAUGCGUUGAACUGCAAAGCUCGCUCAGCUCGUCUCUGCUUUUUCAACCCGAAAGUAAUCUGUGAAGCAACAAAAACAUGGUUAUCAUCACAAAAGAAAGCUCAAACUGGGUGCCCAACAAGAGGCCCGAUCAGAGUUUUGGAUAAUCCCCGUGGAUGAACUGAAUGUGGGCAGAAAGAAAGCCAGCGCCGUGCAGAGUUGCAGUGACCGACGGGAAGAAGAGAAGCAAAGCCGUGUGUGUGUGUGUGUGUGUGUGUGUGUGUGUUUUCAUAAGCGGAGCUCGGCUGUGGGAGCGGAGUGGGGGAUGUCGGGCAGAAGUGGAGGAGCACCUCGGGGGUGCAGCAACCCCAGCCUGCAGCCCCUCAGAGCCACAGUCCCAUACCAGCAGCUCCAGAGGGGCUCAGCUCUCCUCUGCAGAGAGGUCAAGACGGCUGACAGGACGACGUCUCGCCCACCGAAACCCACCAUCCGCCGAACUCUUUCUUUGGACGCCAUCGUUGGACCCUAUCUGCAGGGACAGUGGCCCAAAGAGGCAGAGAGCACGGCUGUUACCUGUGUCAAUGACAAAGCCACACAGACUCCAAGUUCCUGGGCAGAGGAGACCCGAGGAAGGAGAAGUGUCGGCGGACACAAGCGCUCAGCGUCGUGGGGCAGUGCAGAACACCUGAGGGAGGUGGCCAAGCUGAGGCACCAGUUGCAGAAGCGCUCCCGCCAUGCUGCUCCCUCAGCAGGAUAUGAGCUCCCCCACCACCCCCUGCCAGCAGGUCAUGCAGCAGGCAUCACUCAGACAAUGCCCCUGAUGCCGCUGAACAGACUCGCCCCACGGCUGCGACGUAGUGUUGAAGGCCUAAACUUGGAGCUGGAGGAGGCGUUUGUUUCUGAGAAACCUGAUGAUCAGCAUGAGAUUUUGGAUAUCCCAGAUGGCCACCGGGCCCCUGUUCCUGCCCAGAGAUGCAGCAGUGGCUCUCAGAGCGAGCCCUCCCCGGGCCCCCUGGAUCCUUCCCUCCUCUCUCCUUCUCAGUCCCCCUGUCCUCUAGAUCCAUCGCUUCUGUCGCCUCCAAAUUCCCCUUGUCCAUUGAACCCAUCUCUUUUGUCUCAGUCACAAUCUCCCUGUCCCAUGGGAGAGCCAGAGCCGGUGGACUGUGAGACCCUGUGUCCCUCUCCGUCGACGUCGCUCCCUUCAUUUGCACUGGAGCCUCCUCUGUUGCAGCCCUGCUCCUCCUCUCCUCGUCCAAACAAAACCUACUCCUUCCAGCGCGAACCGCCAGAAGGCUGCGAGCGAGUACGAGUAUGCGAGGAGGGAAUGUCUGCCUGUCAGGAUGAGCCUCUCCUCCAGCCAUCCUGUCCCGACCCCAAUAAAGUCAACUUUACCCCCCAUGGAGGCUCUGCUUUCUGCCCCGUCAGUCUUCUGAAGCCCCUCCUGCCCUCCAUGGACCUCCUCUUCCGUGGCCUGUCAGUCUCUCCGGUCACCGGCUGCCCAGGUCAGGUCUCUCCUACCAGGCACCUGGGCAUGCAGUAGGUGGAUAUCUGAGCAGAGCCUCUCAGGACUAAACCACACUGCCAGGACCUGCUGAAACUGGAUGUUUAGGGUGCCAACAGAUACCUGUGUAUACAUCACUGCUGUAACGUGCCACGAUCACUGUGAUCAAACUAAGAGACUUUGGGACUGUAAGCAUUUCAUCAUACUUUUGAUUAACUUUGGCCUAAAAUCUUGCUGCUUUACUGGUUAUUUCCACCUGCAGGAUGCUUUGAUUCAGCUGAUAUUUACCUCAUCAGCACUUAAAUUGUCCUGGUAUUCCUCCAUAUGGGCUGUGGAUUAGACUACAGGAAAAGUUUUACGGUUGACUGAGUUUUUGACAUUGUUCUUUUUGAUAAAAAUAUAUAAUAUUGUUUGAGGUAUGCAGUUCAGACAAAGACUUUAGUCCGCUAGGGAUGUUUUCAUUUGUAAUGUCAAAAUAACUGAAUUCAGAGUCAAAAACCCAUGCACUUAGAACAUGACUAUUACUUUCUUACUAUCCUUUACUAUUGAUUAAUCUCCUCGUAAAGCAUUAGGUUUAGAUGAACUUUCAUCUUAAUUUGAGAGACUUCAUUGAUGAAAAACAAAGUACUUGAUGGGUUUGUUACUGACAUUUCAUCACAUCUGUUGGUUGAAUGUUUGGCCUAUAGUUUAUGGUGGCCUACUUUUCUACAGAUGCAUUUCUAGGAAGAUAUGUAUUUUUGUAUCUUUAUAAGGAGUUAUGAGGCUGGUGGUACUGUUUUUGUAUUCACUGAAUAAGCAACUUGUAUUUCUGUUUAUACUUUGGUGAUUUAUAAGCAGGAAUUAAUGUUUUAUUAGCUUUACUUGCCUAUGGCAGGCAUUGUUCUAACCAAACUUGGCAAUUUUGUCAGCUUUUUAAGAAUUUGAAUGGGUCACACCCUGAGCCUCUUUGGACCAAGUGGUUCUGGCCAGAGAGCGUUAAUGUUUCAAUAUUCACUUUGAUAUGGAAUAUGUUCAGCUGGAUAAAACACAGUCUUUGUCAGCAGGAUCCAAUGCAACACUGAUUUAAAAAACUUGCCCUGUAGUAAAAAUAAUAAGCAGACGCUAAUGAAAAAUAUGCACCCUUUUCAUACUUUUUAGGGUGAUCACAGUUAAAAAGUCUUUAGUUUGCUGUUGCCAAUAUGAAGAAAAUAAAAUAACCACAUUUUCUGGGCGUUCAAAUACCUUCUAUAA